UGUGCGCGUGCAGCAAUGCAGUUUAGCAAAUGAAUAACAGUGAACGCAGUCAGUUGGUGUACCCUCCAUUUUUCUGCCGUUUGAAGGACAGUGACUGUUGCUCUCUCGGUACUUUUUGUGCACCUUUCUAUACAGGUUGAACUUUUUAAAGAGUUUUUGGUGAUCUGCAACAAUGCAACCUGCCCAACAGCCACCCCCAGCUUACCAGCAUGGCAACCCCCAACAGCAACCAACGAUUGUACAACAACAACCACUGGUAACAUUGCAACCAGCAUCAAAUGCUGUCGGUGCCAGGGACCAGCGAGGUAACUGGUGCUGGAAGGGCAUACGGGUUACCGGUUACUUGCAGACCAUCUUGGCAAUCUUGGCGGUGGUGUUCGGCAUAGCGGCCAUCAUUGUGAAAUGUUGGCAAUACUACAUUGCCACUCCGAUCUGGUGUGGCUUAUGUUUCUUCCUUGUUGCUGGAAAUUUGGGCAUUGCAGGUGGGAAUAAAAGAAACUCAUGUGUGAUCAUUGGUUACAUGGUGAUGUCCAUCUUAAGCACUCUGGCAGCCUUUGGUGUUGGGUUUGUUGCUGGACAGGCUAUAUCGUAUGACAGAUAUCCCUGUUGGUACUAUUCCUGCUCAUCAUCGGGUCCACGGCUUGGAAUUGAUGGGUGCCUCCUGGUGAUAGCCAUUGCAGAGUUUGUCAUCUCUAUUGUGGGAGCUAGUUUAACUUGUUGCGGUAUCCACUAUAAUGGCAACUGCGCUCCUCCGACCAUGAUGACUUUAACCUACCCACAACAGAUGGUUGUUGGAGCGUGCCCACAGGGUGUGUACAUCAACUCUGGUGCUUCUGUGACCUACCCGAAUCAGGUUGUCUUGCAGCCUGGCCAGACCUACCAGCCCCAGGGGCAGUUUCAACCUCUGCCCCAGGGGCAGUUUCAACCUCUUCCCCAGGGGCAGUUUCAACCUCAACCCCAGGGGCAGUGUCAACCUCAAGCCCAGGGGCAGAUUCAACAGCAAGCCCAGGAACAGCCUCUGCCCAAGUAAGUCUUGGAGACACCUGCCUUGAAUUGUAUUGAUCCAGAUCAACAGAUAUGUUUAUUUUUUGUGAAGGAGAUACUUUUCCUAACGGCUUUUAUAUCAUAAUGCUACAUUAGCAAACCAUGAACACUAGGGUCCAAAUUCAUAGAGUUGCUUUAGCAGAGGAUGUUGCUUAACAUUGUUCUGCUAAGCAGAAUUAAUGAGCAUGAAACCAGUCAUAAAUUGUACUUGUGGCAUGGAUUUGGCUGGUAACCUUAUUCUGUUGAGCAUAAUUAUUUUGUGCUAAGCUCCAUGUUGGGCUUAGGUCUCGUCUUACUGUAGAGGCUUGUGAUGAGACUUUCCCUGGUAUAGUGGUAUUGGCAUAAUGUAGCUUUUUGACAACACUUCCCUUGCUCAGUACUCAGUUUUUUUUUAAUAAUGCCUUGUUUACAAAAUGCACAAUAUUCAUUAAAUGAGUUGCCAUUUAAAGCAGAGUAGUGGUGGUCACCAGUUUGGGAAUUAGCACUUUUAUAGACUUUUAUUCAGCUCUUUGUGAAACACUCCCCUGGUGUUAAUGCUGCUGCCAUUGAUAUAUAUAUCUUAUAUUUUUGUACUUUUUGUACCUUUACAUUAUAUGGAAUUGCACACUGUAAGAUGAUGGUAUAUAUUUUUUACAUAAAAAAAAAUAUUUUAAGCAGAUCUUUAACAAAUUUAUUUUAUGAUAUUGCUCAUGUUCUAAAAUAGUAGUAGAAUGUGCAGGUUUUCUAAGCAAUUUGUUUGAUUAGAAUUGGUCGCUUGACUAAAAAGGCCGUAUUAUGUUAGAAAGAAUUAGCUGUUGCAUUUACCUACCAAAAGAACCAAUAGUAUUGCAACCCAUAAAGUGACAACAUCACAACAAAUAUUAACAGUCAUGCCUUACUGUGUGACUUUACCUUUUGUGUGCCCAACCCGUGGUAAACCAGUCUUCCCGCUUCCCCCUACUUCCUACUGUCAUCCUCUUGUCCAUCCCCUGCAUGCCUGAGUUUUUAUUUCAUUUAGCCUUUGAGAAAACUCUGUUAGGGUUGAAACAUCAGGCCAAUAAGUAUCUCUUGCAUUUAUGCCACAGCUGUCCUUUUGGUUGGUAAGCAGUUUGCAACAGCUAAUUAUAUUUUCUCAGCUUUUAUCUAUGUCAAAUCUCCUUCACUUGACUGCUUUUGUUACACCAAUACCUGUUUAUGUGUUGUGUUGUCAUUAAGCAUUCAGGGAAGACUUUGCUAGGGUUGAAACAUCAGUCCAACUACUUUUGUGUUCUAAUAUUAGGUUGGAUAACAUUUUUGUCAAAGUUAGCCUUUAAGGAAGUGGACACUAUUGGUAAUUGUCAAAGACUAGCCUUCACAGUUGGUGUAUCUCAACAUAUGCAUAAAAUAAC